UUGUCAGGAGGCUUUUUUUCCCCCCCCAGCUCAGUCUUUUUCAAAUGUUCUCCCUUCCCGCCGGAAUAAUGCUGUCAGUGGAUAUAUGUUUCAAGUUUUCGGAUUUCGAAACGCGUCUACUGAAACGGAUUAAGAAGAUCGAGGGGCCGACGUUUUAACGGAGUUGGGAAUAAUUAGGCGGCGCCGCUCUAACUCAGUUGUCCGUGUCUCUGGUCCACCGGGCCGGUUCACUGCGCAGGUUUGGACCGCGCGCCAUUUUGUGAAAAUUGACACAAAAUUCCUGACCAAAAAUUAUAAGAGGACGCCGCUUCUGUUCGGUGACUAGGAUGCUCUGGAUGUAACCGCGUUGUCGUGCCCGUCGAAGAGACCGACGCAUUGGCUGCAAAGACGGCGUUAAAUCAGAAUUUGGCGUAACGUUUAUUUAGAGGCAGCUACAGUCGUUAGCUUCAGGCUAGUAGUCAGGGCAAGCGGCUAACGUUAGCUGCGUUCAUUUUGUCAGCUAGAGCUAGUUAGCAUGUUGCUUGUCAUCAGCUGAUUUAAAAACAUUUGAUAAAUUUGCUCCGAUCGUGGAUGUUGGUCAUCGCAACCUUGGACAUGAAGCGCACACAGGAUAUGACUGACGAGUUUUUUUAGGAGUUUUUUUGCCGGCCAGAGGACGGGGGAUUGGAUUUACUCGCUAACCCGUACAGGGAGGGGAGAAUCUCGAACUGGAUAAGUUUCCUCAUCAUACAGUUGAUUGGACUUUAAAUGAAGAUCGUGCCAUCAGAGUGGAUUGUGGUUUGCUGCUGGACUCUCCUCCCAGGAUGAUAUGAAAUUUUACAGAAGAUGCAUCCAGGUUAGCUGAUGUAUGGGAAACCUUAAACCCAUUGGAGGAGAGACUUAAGCAUGCAAACCUUCGUCCGUCCGGCUUGCGCCCUCUUUUUCUUUACACACUGCUGGUCUUCAGAUGGCUGCUCCAAUGCCCCAUACGCACCAGCAGUACAGUGACCGCCACCAGCCAAGCACUGACCAAUCUGUUACGGUCUUACCGUACAGCGACCAGACACCACAGCUCACUGCCAAUCAGAGGCACAUGCCCCAGUGCUUUCGUGACCCAACUUCAGCUCCCCUGAGGAAGCUCUCCAUUGACCUUAUCAAAACAUACAAACACAUCAAUGAGGUGUAUUAUGCAAAAAAGAAGAGACGGCACCAACAGGGUCAGGGUGAAGACUCCAGUCACAAAAAGGAGAGGAAAGUCUUUAAUGAUGGCUAUGACGAUGAUAACUACGACUACAUCGUCAAGAAUGGGGAGAAGUGGAUGGACCGUUAUGAGAUUGAUUCCUUGAUAGGAAAAGGGUCAUUCGGACAGGUUGUAAAAGCGUACGACCGAGUAGAGCAAGAAUGGGUCGCCAUUAAGAUCAUUAAGAACAAGAAGGCUUUCCUCAACCAAGCCCAAAUAGAAGUGCGCCUCCUGGAGCUGAUGAACAAACAUGACACCGAGAUGAAAUACUACAUCGUUCACCUAAAGCGACACUUCAUGUUUCGGAACCACCUCUGCCUCGUGUUCGAGAUGCUUUCGUACAACCUCUACGACCUGCUCCGAAACACCAACUUCCGCGGCGUCUCGCUCAACCUCACCCGGAAGUUUGCCCAGCAGCUAUGCACGGCACUACUCUUCCUGGCCACGCCUGAGCUCAGCAUCAUCCACUGUGACCUGAAGCCGGAGAACAUUCUCCUCUGCAACCCCAAGAGGAGCGCCAUCAAAAUAGUGGACUUUGGCAGCUCAUGCCAACUGGGACAAAGGAUUUACCAAUAUAUCCAGAGUCGCUUCUACCGUUCCCCAGAGGUGCUGCUGGGAAUGCCCUACGACCUGGCCAUCGACAUGUGGUCCUUGGGUUGCAUCUUGGUAGAGAUGCAUACUGGAGAACCUCUCUUUAGUGGAGCCAAUGAGGUUGACCAGAUGAACAAAAUAGUUGAGGUUCUUGGCAUCCCACCUAAUCACAUAAUGGACCUAGCCCCCAAAGCCAGGAAGUUCUUUGAGAAGCUUUCGGAUGGUACAUGGAGUGUUAAGAAGACCAAAGAUGGCAAAAGGUAUAAACCUCCAGCUUCGCGGAAGCUCCACUCCAUCCUCGGUGUGGAAACAGGGGGUCCAGGUGGCCGGCGGGCGGGGGAGUCCGGCCACGCCGUUGCUGACUACUUGAAGUUCAAGGACCUGAUUCUUCGGAUGUUGGACUACGACCCCAAGAGUCGCAUCCAGCCCUACUACGCCCUGCAGCACAGCUUCUUCAAGAAGACUGCGGACGAGGGGACCAAUACGAGCAGUAGCGUGUCUACGAGCCCCGCGUUAGAACAGUCCCAGUCUUCGGGAACCACCUCCAGCACCUCUUCAAGUUCAGGAGGAUCGUCUGGAACUAGUACCAGUGGCAGAGCGAGAUCAGACCCUACCCAUCACCACUUGCACAGUGGAGGACACUUUGGCACGACCAUGCCUGCCAUGGAUGGUGACAGCCUCUGUCCACAGGCAAGACAGCCUUACCCACCCCCACUGGUGUGGGGAGGCGGCGUCGGACCCGAGUCAGUCACUGGAGAAACCCACCCAGUCCAGGAGACCACCUUCCACGUUCCCCCCCAGCACCCCAAGGCCCUGCACCCCCACUCCCAUUUCCACCACCACCACGGGCAGAUGAUGGCGACGCGUCCGCGCCCGCGCCACUACACCUCCCCGACACACAGCUCUUCGACGCAGGACUCCAUGGAGGUGGUGCACGGCCACCUGUCCAUGACCUCCCUGUCUUCCUCUGCCUCCUCUUCCUCGACAUCGUCCUCUUCCACUGGGAACCAUGGGAACCAGGCCUACCAGCUCCGCCACUUGCCCGCCGGAGCCCUUGACUUUGGUCAGAACGGUGGGCUGAGCAUGGGGCUAGGUGCCUUCUCGAACCCACGGCAGGAGACUGGAAUGGCAGCGCACCCUGCAUUCUCCAUGGGCACGAACACGGGGCCUGGCCAUUACCUAGCAGAAGGCCACCUGGGCAUGAGGCAGGGCAUGGACCGGGAGGAGUCUCCAAUGACUGGAGUAUGUGUGCAGCAGAGUUCUAUGGCCAGUUCGUGACUGCACUGACAAUUUGGCUGUGUGUUUUGUUUGUUUUUUUUUUUUUUCUUUAUUUUUUUUCUUUCCUUUCCCUCCUCCUCUCCCCCCGUGCGUCAUUUUUAAAGGUGGUGUUUUUUACUACAAGGUGUGUUGAGAACAAAAAGCUGCUCACGUCAGAAGGGAGAUAUCACUGAACCGCUUCUACAGAGAAAAAAAAAACAACAAACCCUUUGUUAAAAAGAAUAUAUGUAAUUUUUAUCUUUUUUUUUUUAUUUUUGUUUUGUUUGUUUUUUUUUUUUUGUUGUUUUUUUUGUUUGUUUCCUUUGCAAUCAUUAGGCACAAAAUAAUACUGCGGAAUAACCAUAGUGAGAUUGAGACAUCCAUCUUACCAUUUCACCAGUUUCAUGUAACCACAAAGUAAUCACCAUAUGGUAUUAUGUGGCAAAAAAUGUCUUUGUUUUGGAGGAGCAUUUCAAGAGCAAAGGUCGGAGCUCGUCUCUCAGCUAGCUUGUUGGUGAAGAAAUGCUCCGGCGUCCUCUUUAGGUUCAAACUGUGGAGCGCCUGACAUUACUCUUCCACUCGGUCAGUAAUUAUUUUUGCCCUUUUUAUUUUUUAAAACUGAAAUUUCACAUAAAAGCUGCUUGUAAAUCCUGUAGCUUGACAACAAGGGGGAAGUGUUUUUGCGGUGAUAUUUCUUGUUGUUGGUCUUUUUUUUCCCCCUUCUUUUGUGUGUGUGUGACUCUGUUAAAGGGGAGCACAUAGCGGUGGAGCCCGUGUGCUGGCCUGGUGGGGGGGGGAGGGAUUCCCACUGGGGAGGGGGGGAGUGGGAGGUCGGAUACUGACACCAGCCGGCGUUCAAAAAGGAGGAGGGAAGCACCACCACCACAACCAACAACAACAACCACCACCACCCCCAGACCCCACCCCACCCCACCACCUCAGGCCUAGAGGCCCUGUUGUCCCCGACAAGACGCAACCCGGGGGGCGCGGGGGCCCGACACAGGCGAAGAGCAGCGACGGGGCACAGGAGACGAAAGGAUCCGGCCCAGUUAAAGGAAGACAGUCAGCGGCUGGUUCUAGAUAACCCUUUGGCCUUAUGACUCAUGGACUUGGAAUGGAAAUGGAGCUGGACAUUAUCAUUUGAAUUAAGAUGGCUUUUCUCUAUUUUUUUUCUCUUUCUCUCUCUCUCUCUUUCUCUCUAGACAGCCCUUAAUUCUUUAAGGAAAUUUAAAACAACUUAGAAAAGGUAAAUAAGAAUGGUAAUCUGAGGCCUUUCUCGACAAAGAUUUCGUCUUCAGCAGGGGCCCCACAUAACAGGGUCUUAUUGUACACAACAACCUCCUAAACAUUACUUCCUUGAAAUUCACUGGUUAAGGAUUUUGCAAUGGAAAGAACUUUCUAUUCCAGAGUCUACCUUUUUUUUUUUUUGUUUUGUUUUUUUGUUGUUGUUUUUUUUUUUUAUUUCCUCCCCCCCUCCCCCUUUUUGCAUGUAGUCCCUCAUCAGAACCACCCGCACAAGUCUCUCCAUCCAAAACAUGGAAACUGAAGAAAAAGAAAAAAAAAAAGAAAACAAAACAAACAAACAAAAAAAGAGUAAAGUGACUGCCUUUUUUUCUCCUCAAAUUAUGCUGUGAAUUUUACAAGAAUUUAUUUUCCCUUUGGAUAUGUUUUUAUACCAAAGCAGUUGUUUUAUAGCAUAUAGGUGUCUGUAACCAAUAAUGUAGCAGUUCACCACUUUGACGCAAAGUUUAUCGAGAUCUUAUUUUAAUGUCAACACAAAACAGCUGCAAUAUAUUUACUUUUAGCAAAACUGGAGACCGUUUGGCUAUCGUGUAUUCUGGCCAGAUUUGUUUGCAACGUUUUACCAAAACCUUUUUCCAUAUUAAAUUGGUAGAUUAUUUUGGGAGUCUUUAAAAAAAAAGAAGAAAAAAACGGAAAAAAAAACUUUGGUAUGUUAGAGAACUUGGUAGUUACUCUGCAGGCUACAGAGUAGCAAGAUGGAGGCUGAUGGUUUGAAAAAAAAAAAAAAAGGAGACUAAUGCGUUCUAUUUCUGUGUUGUUUUUUUUCUUUUCUUUUUUUUUUUCCCCUUCCCCCCAUCAUACUAUUUCAAAGGGUGUUGCUGCCUUUCAUACAUCAUUUGGUCAACUUAGCUAGUUUCUGCCGUGAUGCAAGACUUUGUCAUUGUCUUGCCAGGGUAAGGGUAUUUGUGGUAAACCAGUUUGUGUUGAAUGGUAUAGUUCUGAUUUUGGUAGGGCAAAUCCCCAUGAUUGUUGUCCUAUUCAAAGGGAAAAAAAAAAAAAAAAGGUGUCUUGUCAGCCCCACCAUAACAGUGCUUUGCCUAGGCAGACAUGCAUGUCCUCAAAACAGUCAAUAACCAGAAUAUAUUUUUUUUUUUUUUUUAUAUCAGGGAUUUUAAAGUGCUUUCUUUGUUCUGUUGUUCAUUUUUACCACUUUUGAAAUUUGAAAAAUAAAAACAAAAGUAUUUAAAAAAAAAAAAAAAACCAAACUGCCCACUGUCACCUUGCCAAUUAAGGGCGGGCCACAGGUCAUGCUGUUGUCAUUUUCUAAGAGAAACCAUCCUUUCAGCAGCCAUGCUUGGUAUUUCCACGAACACAAAUGUAAAGCUACCUAUAUUGAAGAUUGGGGUUUGAUCUGGAUGUCAAGGAUAAUUGCAGAUUUGCAAUCAUUUUAUUUUACUUUUUAUUUUCAUACCCUGCGGAAUUUGAGACAUUUAGAUCUUUUUGUCAGUGAUUUUUAUUACUGGCACUCAUACUGGUACUAAACAUUCCAAAAAUAAAGACUGAAAAAAGAAAAAAAAUUUGACUGAAGUGACUCGUAAGUGUGCGCCUAUUUCAGAUCAUGCUGAUUGACCUCUUAUUUAGAGCAGUUGUCAUGAAAUGCAGCCCCUUUUUAAUAGUUGAAAUAGAAUUUAUGUAUAUAUUUAUAUUUUUUUAAUAAAGGAAGUAUAGAACUCACUACCUUGCUCCUGCUGGUAUGUUGAUUAUGUUUGUCAAUUUGGUGACCAUUCAGUGGGCAGGAACUCCUGUUUUCUUAGUGGCAAAACCUUGCCUUUUGGCAAAGGUACUUGACUACAUCAGGACAACACUAUGAGGUAGGGUUUGAAUCAAACAGGGAAAGCUAGAUCUUCAAACCUUAAUAAUUUUCACAGGGUAUAUUGUAAGUGCAUGUACAUCACAAACCUUACUUUUGGUUAUAUGAGAAGCACAUGGUUGAAAAAAAAAAAUGGUUCCAUCUUUCAUAAUAAGCCUGUUGAGUUUGUGGGUUAUACACAAACACAGAUAAUUGUCGACAUAUCUGAACACCCAACCGAAGUUGAAAUCCUUUUUAUUUAACUUGGAUUUAGCUUUUUUUUUUUUUCUUCUUUUUUUUUUUUCUUUUCAUUUUUUGGUUUCACUUUUUUUUCCCACUUUUUUUGUACAUGCAACAUGCACUAUAGAAUUGAACAGCAUGGGGGAAAGGAUAAGUCCAUGUAUCCACAGAUUGUAAGAUCUAGUCAAGACUUUGCUGUGUUUAUGACAAUGCCCUUUGUAUUAUAUUAAGACAGUCUUAUGUAUGAUAUAUAAAAGAAGUUAAUUGAA